AUGGAGUAUAUUCUGUGUGGCAUUCCUGCGGACACUGCGGGAAUGGUGAGAUACAUAGGAAUGACAGAGGACGAGUGUUCGGUGGAGAGCGUGUGCGAAGUGUCUUACUCGCUUGGCAGAUAUACUCUGCUCGUAAGCAACUGCACUAACGAGAACUCCGGUGAUAAACAGAGCAGAAACAUUCUAUCGAUAAUGUAUCCUCCUGAUAAGAGCAAAAACAGAAGAUCACUUGGCAGAAAAAAGAGUGUAAGCGAGUUUAUUGGUGAAGGAGUGUGCAGUGUGCUGGAGGAAAUUGGAUGCAAAAACAAAAGGGUGCGAGAGUACAAGAAGAGUACAUAUAAAUACAAAGGAGUGGACAUCAUCGUAAUAAAAAAAGAUGAAAAAGACUUAGUCAUUGCCAGAAGUGACAGAAUCGAUGGAGAAGCCGCAUUAGAAGAUGUAAGAAACAAGCUAAGUCUGUGGGUUAACUUGAUAGUACCACCAGAGUCCGUUCACGAGUGCAUGCUGUGA